AUGUGUCAGGAUUCACAGUUCUGGCACUACCUCAAGUGUGAAGGGAGGGUGGCCCCCGGGUCUAGAACUCCGAUGGGCCUUAUCAGCCUAGUGGGGCUACAAGCACACCAAGUGUCAUGUGUACAGGUGCCUUUCAUUUUUUUCUUUACAGCUAAAAAUUUGGCAUUGUAUGGAAGGGCCACACAAUCAGACCUAGUUGAAAACCCAUGGUCAGGGUACAGUGAUGCCCACAAUGCCAUAGAUGGAAAUCGUGACCCACAUUUUCAUCAUGGAUCCUGCACUGCUACUGAUAGACAAACGAAUCCCUGGUGGAGGGUUGAUCUUUUCAGCCCGUACAUAAUCACCUCUGUCGUCAUCACCAACAGAGGAGACUGCUGCCCUGAGAGACUCAACGGAGCUGAGAUUCGUAUCGGCAACUCCCAGCUGGACAAUGGCAAUAACAAUCCACUGGCAGGGGUCAUAUCCUCCAUCCCAGCUGGCAGAUCCCUCAGCUUCACAUGGGAUAAUGGGGUACUGGGACGAUAUCUUAAUGUUGUUUUGCCUGGGCACAACAAGCUUUUGACACUUUGUGAGGUUGAGGUGUAUGGAUAUCCAGCUCCAAAUGGUGAGAAUGUGGCUUUAAAAGGGAAAGCAACGCAGUCAGAUCUUUAUGGAAAUGGAUUUGCAAACAAUGCCAUUGAUGGGAAUCGUGACGGCAUAGAUGGUCAUGGUUCCUGUACUCACACAGAAGCUCAUCUCAACCCUUGGUGGAGAGUGGAUUUGCUCCAAAAUCAUAAAGUCUUCUCUGUGGUAAUCACCAACACUGUGGAUAACAUUCCCAGUAGACUGAAUGGGGCUGAAAUACGAAUAGGAAAUUCUUUGGAGCAGAAUGGUAUCAACAACCCCAGAUGUGCAGUGAUCUCCUCUAUUCCUGCUGGAUUCUCUGAGACCUUUGAAUGUCAUGGGAUGGAGGGACGCUAUGUUACCGUGGUGAUUCCUGGACGUACAGAGUAUCUAAUACUCUGUGAAGUGGAGGUAUAUGGAUCACCACUGGACUAAGUCCAGUGAAACAGCACACAGGAUGGAAAACCUCUCAAAACCUCUCAACUUUCUCAAUUUUGAAAUGUAUGUAUUGUUUUGGACAACACUACCUUUUUUCUAAAUGAUAUCUGGGUAUACACCUGGAUAUUAUGUAAAUUGUAUGUAUAUAAAACAUUUUUUAUAUUGAAUUCUGCAGCUAAAUAAUGACUAUAUCUGUAUUUUUCAUUUUACUCUCUUUAAUCUGGCGUUGUAUUA